CAGUCACUUUCGUCGAGUGAAAUUGCCAAGACGUUUUCCAUCCUCUUUCAAUCGUGUGCGGCGGUGGUGGGCUCAGUGACGGUGCCCUGCGUGUGUGACACAAAAUUUCAAUUUUCUCGACGAUCCAUUUUCGACAGCGUUUUUCACAACUUAAAGUGCAGCCGGCAAGUGCUAACGAGUGAUUUUCUACCCGCUACAUCUGGACUAUCAUUCGCGUAAUCUGCAUUGUUUCCGGGAAAGUGUGUUAACAGCGACGACGACAAUGGCUGGCAAAUCGAACGAAGAGGUUGAGAAUCAGGCAGAGAGCACUGAGCAGAACCACGCCGAUCAGGGUGUCGUGGUAGAUCCGGAAUGUCUGAUCAAGCAUCCGCUGCAGUUCACCUGGACGCUCUGGUACCAGGAACCGGACCGCAGCAAAUCGUGGGAGGACACCUUGAACGAGGUGACUAGCUUCUCGACCGUCGAAGACUUUUGGAGCCUGUACAAUCACAUCAAGAGCCCGGCCGACAUCAAGACCGGUAGCGAUUAUUCACUGUUCAAAACGGGCGUACGUCCGAUGUGGGAAGACGAUGGCAACCAGCGCGGUGGUCGAUGGAUGGUCAAUGUGCCUCGAGGGCAGCGCCAGGAGCUGGACAAGUACUGGUUGGAUACGAUAUUGUGUCUUAUAGGAGAGGCAUUCGAAAGUGCAGAUGAAAUUUGCGGGGCUGUAGUUAAUGUACGCCCGAAAGGUGACAAGAUUGCCAUCUGGACUGCCAACUUCCAGAACCGCGAAGCCGUCCUCUCGAUCGGUCGCAUUUACAAGGAACGGUUAGGAAUCAAAGCACCAAUCACAUACCAUCUCCACAAGGACACGAUGUGCAAAGCCGGCUCGAGCGUGAAAGCCGUCUACACCCUGUAGAUGACCGGGCCCGUUGUGCCAGCCACUUAGCAGCGGAAUUAUUACUUUUUUCUCUUCUUUUUGCUUUUCCUUGUUUGUUGAUUUUUUCAUCGCCGUUACUUCUUCGUUUGCUAACCAAUCAAUCAAUCAACCAGAAAGAUCGAAGAACACCCUCGCUAGUAGACUCCAGUGGUAAGGAUUAUAGAUUCACAAUGUACGCACGAAGAAUGCAAAACGAAAAAAAAAAUCUAUUCAUGCGGAAGCCCUACAUAUAGACAUAUAUUUACGACUUAAGCAUACACCCCUGCAAGCACUUUCCUCCUCAUGCUUCUCGUACUUUCCCUUUCUGCUUGAACGUGUUAGCAAAAUGCAGGACUAAAUACCGAAACAUACAUAUUUAUAUUGUAAAUUGAUACUAAAUAAAAGAAUUUAUACAAGAUCAAUCGAAACAAAAAAAAAUCAAAUACCGCAUCGAACCACGUACGUUAUGAGUGGCAAACACUGCCAGCUCUGUUAGGAAAAUGUACGAAAAUACACCUUUGCAAUCGAUUGCAAGUGCGGAAGGGCAUUGGAGAUGAAGAGAAAGCAAUGCUUGUAUAAAAAAAACACGGAAAAUGUUAGGAAGAAAAUCAUAACUUUUAUGGAAAUUGAACUUCACUCUGUUUCUUUUGGUUUCGGAACUAGUUUGGAGAACCACCCACAUCGCUGGAAAUGUGUAACACUUAAUUUGCGGAGCAAUGCUGUGUGAAAGGAUAUCGAAAAAAAAGAAACACAAAAAUCAGAAUGAUUUAAUUAUUACACUUUCGCUUAGUCUGUUAGGAGUGUACUAGUAGGUUUGAAAUGGCGGCAUGGAGAAGGGAAGCAGGAGGGUCCCCAGGCAGGACAGAUUGAUUUUUUUUUUUAGAUGUGGAUUAUUAUAAUGGAAUUAUCGACUAAUUUACUACUAUAUGAUUAUGUAUGGAAUAUUUUUUAUUAUAAAUACUAUGAUGAUUAA